AUCUGACAAUGCUGCAAGCGUUCGGGAAACGCAAAGAUUCAAUGAAUUUGUCAGUGCCAACCACUGAUCCAACGUUCUUGAAUAUUACCAAUUCGUCCAAACUCAAGCAGUGGCUGGCCCAAAAUGCCGUUAUUUCGCCCCUUUGUCCCAUACCACGUAUCGGCCGGGCAGACUACAAUCGUCAAAUUUGGCGGCAUUCUCACAACAGAGUUCCUCGAGCCGCCUCCAGGAAGAUGCUUCCUCUUCCGUCAGACGUACAAGCACAAGCUGGACGGGCCGAUCCCUGACAAUCUGCGUCGGCUGAUCGAGUCGGCCGGUCGGCCCAAGGGCCCGCUGCUGCACUUCCACCAAUUCCAAACAGAGUACUUCCGGGUCGAGUCGGGCAUCAUGGGCAUCGAGUGCGACGGUGAGCACCGCAAGGUCUACCCGGAGGACGGCGAGGUGUCGGUCAAGGCCGGGAGCAUCCACCGCUUCUACAUCCACCCAGAGUCGCCUGGCGACAUGACAGUCUACCUCAGUGCCUCCGAGAGUGGUCUCGACUACCAGUUGGACCGCAUCUUCUUCGAGAACUGGUAUGGGUACUGGCAUGAUGCACUCCUCUACGAGGGCAAGUUGAACUUUAUACAAUACCUUGCUAUCCAAGAUGGCGGUGACGCGUAUUCAGUACCGCCUAAAUGGGUGCCUUUCCGGCGCUUCAUCGGCUAUUGGGGAAGCGUGAUCCUCGGCCGCUGGAUCGGAGGUCUCCUGGGAUACAAACCAUUCUUCCGUGAAUACACCACGGACUGGGACUACGCCGUCGCCAAGAUGAAGGGCUCGUGGUUUCAGCGGCACCUCGCCGAGGAGGCGUACAGCAAGCAACUUUCAUGGGAGGAGCAGGUCAGGCUGGACCGUGGGAAGCCGCUCAACGCCGAGUUUGAGCCCAUGACGACCGACCUGACCAAGCGCGUGGCCGACCAAAAUGGUAGCGCUGGCGUGGUGCAUGAUCUUGCCAGUGGUAAGGUGGUCACCAAUGGCUUGCGAUCGAGGACAUCCAAGUCUGGAGCUGGGGCGCAUGAGCAGGAGAUCGGCUAUGAAAAUAGGUAGGACCUCUGGACAUGUCUUCCCAAGUACGAUGAGGCAACAUGGUAGCAAAUAAGACUUAUC